AUGUUAUAUAAUGUUUUCUCCACAUGUUAUAUAGAUAUCGACGAAUGCUGCAUCGGUACUCACGAUUGCCACCAAAAUGCAACUUGCAUAAAUACCCCUGAACACUUUAAUUGCAGUUGUUUACCAGGAUUCACGGGUGAUGGCCACCAGUGUUAUGGUAUGACUCACUUCUAGCAGGAAGUGCACUUAAACUUGAAAGAAAGACAACCAAGCGCAAAAUUCCGCACAUGUAAUGGGAAAACAAUGUCCGAGUUUUCCUAAAGUUCCAAUGAUCUGAAUAUAAAUAAAAAAAAAAGGCAACUCGGCGAAAAAUUCACGCAGUGUCACAAUACACCUUUUAUCUUACUUCUUAAUAAUGGAUCGAAAAUCGCGUUUUUUUAAACACUUCAUUGUUUUCUUUUCUGUGUCCUAGCAAUAGCAGAUAAGCUUUCCAACGGCAUGCAACCUGUGUAAAUAUUGCCCGACACCUUUAUUUUUCCUCUCAGCUAUAGUCUUCCAAAAAAAACGUCCACUUGAUUUCGUAAAUUGUAUCUCUCGUAUUAAGGAAAUUUAGUUUACGAGAACUUCUUCUGCCAAUUGUUCUUUUUUACUAAUCCUAUUCAGAUAUCGAUGAAUGCAGCAACGACAGCCAUGAUUGCCAUCAAAAUGCAACUUGUGCAAAUACUGCUGGACACUAUAAUUGCAGCUGUCAGUCAGGAUUUGCAGGAAAUGGCCGCCAAUGUCAUGGUAUAAUAUUGCACGAUUUUCAAUUGAUCUUAAAGUUUAUGUCGAUCUUGAAUUAUGUCUUAGAAUACAUUUUUUAUCCUUCUUUUUAAUUAGAUAUCGAUGAAUGCAGCAACGGUAGCCAUGAUUGCCACCAAAAUGCAACUUGUUCAAAUACCGCUGGACGCUUUAAUUGCAGCUGUCAGUCAGGAUUUGCAGGAAAUGGCCGCCAAUGUCAUGGUAUAAUAUUGCACGAUUUUCAAUUGAUCUUAAAGUUUAUGUCGAUCUUGAAUUAUGUCUUAGAAUACAUUUUUUUACCCUUCUUUUUAAUUAAUUACUCUUCUUUUUAAUUCUAAUAAAAUUAGAUAUCGAUGAAUGCAGCAACGGUAGCCGUGAUUGCCACCAAAAUGCAACUUGCAUAAAUACCCCUGGACAGUUAAAUUGCAGCUGUCAGCCAGGAUUCAUGGGAGAUGGUCACCAGUGUUAUGGUAUGACUCACUUCUAGAAGGAAGUGCACUUAAAUUUGGAAUCGGUGAUAAAUCGUAAAACCGGCGGCCAGCGCGAUGAAUGCAAACAAAGCCAAUGAGCCACAAUCGCCAUAAAGAUAUGUUUUGUAUUUAUACUCAGCUGGAAAGAAAUUCGUAUGAGGCCACAAGUUACACUGUCAUGAUAACAAUAAUAUUUUACUUUUUUAUAUUGGAUCGGGAAUCUAAUUCUUUAAUCUUUGUGAUUUUUUGUCCCAUCCCAAUAAAUGUCUCGUAGCAAUAGCAGCCUUGCUUGCCACCAGCAAAGAAUUUGUGUUAAUAUUGCUAGGCACCUGUCUCCCGAAAAGGCCGUCAGUGACGUUUCGUAAUUUGCUCCUUCCUUAGUAAGAAAAUAAACUUUACUUGAACUUCGAACGAGUGCUUUUGCUUUAUGGUCUGAAUGUAUACGACAGAGUGGAUCGAAUUUUGAAAUUUCGACUAAGGAAGACAUAAAAUGAUAGUUUAUGUUACAGAAAGCAAAAAGAAACAAUCGCAUCUUCAUGACAAACGUUCUACUAAACCCUUCUUCCCCAAAUAUCUUGGAAUUACCGCGCCACUCCUUCUAGGCCAUAACACAAACAGUUACUGGCAAGAAUCGGAUACAUAGUUCCUGUGGACUCGCAGCAGCUAACCACAAAAUUCCAAAAUUUAAAAAUACGCAGAUCAAUUCUUCCAUCACGAUUUUUUCCAUUUACACGGGUUUUAAGUAAAAUGGAUAUACAUCUAAUUAAUUGAUCAAUAAAUGGCUGACCCAAGAUGGCGGACGCUUCCAGACCUUUGUUUAUAAUAAAUGAAUUCAUCGUAAUUUCACUGAAAGCAGAAUAAAAAUUGUGCAGUCAACUUUUUUUGAGGGGAAAAAAUGGUGGAAUUUGACCUCUGCCAAAAAACUUAACAAUUUGGCGUCAUAGUGACGUCAGAUUACGUCACCGUGUCAAUCAAAUUAUGCUUCGAUGUUGAAAAUAGUGAGUACAUUACCACAGGCUCCUGGUACCUUAUUCUGUGUAAGUUUUAGUUGCCUAUCAUGAAUGGAUUUGAAGUUAUUGAGGGAGGCCUCCGAAACCCCCCUCGAUCGCAGGAAGCAAAAAAUAAAUAAAUAAAACCCGCAGUUAAGCCCUUCAACGCAAAUAUUUUGGAAACGAUGCACCUCUCCUCCUAGUAAAUAUAGCAGCCGAGCCAUUUUUGGAUGCAUUUCUAGUCAAUUUAGAAGACCUGAAUUCCAAUAUGACUUGGAGACCACGUUCCCUGAUUACGCUUGCAUUUACGCUUAGGUGUUAAUUAAGGUUAAGCCUCAUCGCUCUUAACUAACUCGUGGCCAGCCUCUGUAAUUGUACUUUCUAGGAACGUAUCAUGCCUUUGAGGUGAUCGUUGAACCCGGAAAAAAAGGCGCAACUUUUAAUAAGAGAAUCCAUUUGUUUUGUUUAACUUAGAAAUAAUAUGCAACUUUGAUGUUUCAUUGUGCGGUUUCGUGCAAAGCGACAAUGACACGUUUGACUGGACUCGACACAAGGGAAGCACACGUUCU